AUGGCAGCUCCCAAGCGAACGACGUGGAAAAAACACAGAGAGAUAUUUUCUCUACAAUAUUGGUCAAAAUUUGUAUUCGACCCUGGUCAUGCGAUUCUGGCGAUGUUUUGCUUACUUGCUGCUGAAAUUGCUGUUAAUGUAUUGGUGAUUCAGCGCAUAAAAUAUACAGAAAUUGACUGGAUUGCCUACAUGCAGGAAGUUGGUGGAGUGGUGAAUGGAUCAUAUGACUACAUGACCCUUAAAGGCGACACAGGACCACUGGUGUACCCAGCAGGCUUUGUGUAUAUAUUCCUGGGACUGUACCACAUAACAGAGAGGGGUGUAAACAUUGUACUGGCUCAGUACAUUUUUGCUGCCUUGUAUGUCCUGUCUCUAAUGGUCAUCUUUGAUAUAUACAGACAAGUCAAACAGGUACCACCAUAUGUCCUUUUCUUCAUGUGUUGUGCUUCCUACCGCAUCCACUCCAUCUACGUCCUGCGGCUGUUUAAUGAUCCGGUAGCCAUGCUGUUUCUGUAUGUGGCAGUGGACUUGUUCCUGAGGGACAGCUGGGGAUGGGGCUGUCUUAUGUUCAGUUUUGGUGUUGGUGUGAAGAUGAACAUCUUGCUGUUUGCCCCAGCUCUACUGAUGUUACUGGUUGUGAGACAUGGAACAGUUGGUUCUCUAAAAUAUUUAACAAUAUGUGCUACUUCACAGAUUGUGAUGGGAUUGCCAUUCCUCCUUGUAAAUCCAAUCGGAUACAUAGCUAGGUCAUUCAAUUUGGGAAGACAAUUUUUCUUCAAAUGGACAGUUAACUGGAGAUUUUUAUCAGAAGAAAUGUUCCUAAAUCGCUACUUCCACCUGUUGUUAUUAGCAUCACAUGUGAUAGUUCUCCUACUUUUCUUCUGGUUUAAAUGGAAAAGAUUAUUUCCUGGAACAAAAUUCCAAUUGUUGAUGAAAUCAUCUGGAGGUCCUUUGUCACCAACUCAGAUUGUCCUGCCAUUGUUUACCUGUAAUUUUAUAGGGAUGUGUUUUAGCCGGUCUCUACACUACCAGUUCUACGUGUGGUAUUUCCAUACACUACACUAUCUACUUUGGGCUACACCCUUACCUACUGUAGUGAGAUUGUUGCUGCUGGGGAUGAUAGAAAUGUCAUGGAACACAUAUCCCUCUACCGACUUCAGUAGUUCAGCCCUACAUGUUUGUCAUGGUGUGGCUUUGUUCGGACUGUGGACAAGCUCUGCGUACACGCCUGCCACACAAACUAUAACAGCUACCAAAUUAGAGUGAUAUCGAGAAUCUUUAUAAUGUAUGGGAAAGUACCUGAUCUGAAUGUUGUUUUGACUGUCUGUGGUCUGAAGUUAUGGGUACCUCUCUUCCCAAACCUACAUCAGGAUUUUUAAUUCUUGAUUAGUAUGGGAUUUUAUAAUCUCAAAGAUCAAGUGAAAAAUCUAACGCAUGUUGUGCAAUGUUUAAUCCUACCCGGAAGUGAUGAUAUGGUACCCGGAAGUGAUAAUGGCAGUAUUACCCCAAGUGACGUGUUCCUGUUACCAGUCUGAUUAAUGUUACCCUCUAAUUAUUAUUUGUGUUAUUGUGUUAUACAGUAGUUACGUAAUAAAACACUAUACUAGUAAAUACAAA